UGCACUCCAGUACCUCUUCAGUCCUCAACAAGGCCAGUAUAAAACGUGAGUUUCGAUUACUCAUCUCUUACAUUCUUGAAUCGUCGAAAAUUUCAGAUUACGACAAGAUGUAUAUCUUUCUUGCGAGUUUGCUGUUCAUCGGCGACCUGGCUGCCACAGACAACGUGUUUUGCGACCCAAACUACCAUGACGCCAUUGACCCAGAUUUCCUCGAAACUAAGAUUUGUGGCCUGACAAAACGAGUCGCAGAAAUAGAAAGGUCAAUAGCGACGUACACAUCGUGCAGGGAGCUAAAGAAUGAUGGCGGUGGUAAUAAUGGUAACAUGGCGUACACUCUGACGGUGGGUGGUCGCUCAUUCGAUGCGUAUUGUCACAUGGAUGAGCUGGUGGGGUGUGGAGCGGGGCCCUGGACAUUAGCCAUGAAGGUUGAUGGAGGAAAGCGAACUUUUAACUACAACUCUGCUUAUUGGACGGACGAAAAUGGAUAUAACUUGAAUGGCGGUGUCUCGCUGGGAUCCGAGGAAACAAAGUUGCCGACCUUCUGGGCGACAACCACCAAAGAGAUCUGCAUAGGAAUGCAAGAUUCUUCUAAUAACGAGAUCAAAUGGAUGAGCCUCCCCCUGAACAGCACCACCACCCUAAUGUCGCUCUUCAAUGGCGGCCAUUACGAGACAAAAACACCCUACAGCAAGUGGCGAGAGCUCGUGGGCACCCAGGAAGCGACGCUACAACGUAAAUGUCGCAGAUCGGGUUUCAACGCCAAGUGCGGCAACGAUUUCGCCGCGCGCGCAAGGAUCGGCAUCGUCGGCGAUGAGAGUGACGAUUGUUACAGCUGCGAUUCGGUGAUUGGUAUUGGUAUCGAUUGUGAUAAUUACUGGCAGCAUUAUUCUGCCGGUAAUAUGUGUGAUUACUGGUGUAGCGAUGCUAGUGAUAGUGGUGCACAUGUUCCUGCCUAUUUCAUGCAUAAGAUGUCGUAUGUGCUUGUGAAAUGAUAUGUUGUUUCUUUGGUCCAUGAACCGUGUAACGCCCUAGAGUAUAGAUAAUAAAAGAGCAUUUUAAAGG